GAGCGGGACCCGCCGCAGUUCCCGGCUGCUGGAGAGCGGGGCCCUCUUCGGGACGUCGGGUCGUUGCAGACAUAAUGUCAAGUGGAGAUGAUCCGCAGUCACAGGCUCUUGCUAAACCCACUUUCAGUGACAUACAAGUCUCUGCAUUAGUGGAAUCGGUAUUUGGGCUAAAAGUUUCCACGAUCCAGCCACUUCCUAGUUAUGAUGACCAAAACUUUCAUGUAUGUAUUUCAAGAUCCAGAGACAGUACAGAUGGCCCAACUGAAUAUGUCCUCAAAAUAAACAACACUGAGUCUAGCAAAAAUCCAGACCUGAUUGAAGUGCAGAAUCACAUCAUCAUGUUUUUGAACGCGGCUGGAUUUCCAACAGCCUCUGUGUGUCAUACUAAAGGAGACAGCACAGCCUCUCUAAUAUCCAUAGAUAGUGGCUCUGAAAUCAAAAGCUACUUGGUGAGGCUGCUGACUUACCUCCCAGGAAGACCCAUAGCUGAGAGUCCCAUCAGCCCCCAGCUAUUAUAUGAAAUUGGAAGGCUAGCUGCCCAAUUGGAUAAGACACUGGAGAAAUUCCAUCACCCAAAGUUAAGUUGUCUUCAUCGGGAGAACUUCAUCUGGAAUCUGAAAAAUGUUCCUCUUCUGGAGAAAUACCUGUAUGCCUUGGGCCAGAAUAGAAAUCAAGAGAUUGUUGAGCAGGUCAUUCAGCUGUUCAAGGAGGAAGUGAUGACCAAAUUAAGUCUUUUUCGAGAAUGUAUCAAUCAUGGAGAUCUUAAUGACCAUAACAUUUUAGUAGAGUCCAGCAAGGCAGCCUCUGGAGAUGCUGUUUAUCAAGUGUCUGGGAUUUUAGACUUUGAUGACAUGAGCUAUGGCUACUAUGUGUUUGAAGUGGCAAUCACCAUCACGUACAUGAUGAUUGAAAGUAAGAAUCCUAUACACGUAGGAGGUCACGUCCUUGCAGGGUUUGAAAGUGUAAUUCCACUGACAGCUGUGGAGAGGGGUGCUUUGUUUCUACUAGUAUGCAGUCGUUUUUGUCAGUCACUUGUCAUGGCUGCAUACUCUUGCCAGCUACACCCAGAGAACAAAGAAUAUCUCAUGAUUACUGCAAAAACCGGGUGGAAGCACUUACAGCAAAUGUUUGACAUGGGCCAGAAAGCUGUAGAAGAAAUCUGGUUUGACACUGCCAAGUCCUAUGAAUCUGGGAUCUCCAUGUGACCAGAUAAAAGUUCACAUUAACUUGGAUAAUUAAAAACCCAACAGGACCUAAUCAAAUUUUAUGAAGGAUUUUCCUGUAUAAUUAAAAAUGAAUUGAUAGAUUAAUUUGAAUAUGACAAAGCACAUAAAACCUCUAAGGUCUUCAA